CAAAGUGCAUCCAAGUGGCUUCUACUAUGGCCUCAGCAAACUAAUGAUGAAAAGGAGGAGACUGUGGGAUUAUUCGUUUCAUCUUCCCUGGAUGAUGGACGGGGAGAUAUUCGCUGCCACUUUGGUGCCAUCUGGGAACGUGACACCAGAUUCUAGCAUGACCCUAGAACAGAAAACAACCUUUGCCUUUGUGAUUUUAUUAUUUAUUUUCCUGGGAAUCCUCAUCGUUCGCUGCUUCCGAAUUCUCCUUGACCCCUACCGGAGUAUGCCAACCUCAACCUGGGCUGAUGGACUUGAUGGGCUGGAGAAAGGCCAGUUUGAUUACGCUCUUGCUUAGAAGCUGAGAAUUUUGGAGGGUUAUUUAAAUAACAAAGUACAAUCUCUGGAAUGCCUGUUUGUUUUGCUCUUGUGUUUCAUUAUAUCAAAUGUUAGGAAAUACAACAUGCAAGAGUGCACAAAAAAAGAUUUUUUUAUGUUAAAUCUCAAAGCAAGUUAACUUUUUGAAAGUACAUUAGUGAAUCUCCUCAUAGGAAAAAGAGGGGUGUUGCAUUAGCAGAAUGUUGCUUCAAAACACACUGGAACAAUAUGUAGUACAUGUGAACUCUUUUAACUGAAACAAGCGUUUUCUUCAUUAACAAAAUGCUGUGGUGGAAAGUGUCUUAUAAAUGCUGUAAGAACGUGAUUUUAUGAUCUGUAUAUAGCAAAUAAAUGAACUCUACUUUCUGUGCUCUGAAGACAAAUUGCGAAGUUUUCUGUUUUGUAACUUGAAUUUGAGUGCUCUAAAAAUCAGGGAAAACCACCUCUGUGGUUUCCCAGGUAUUCAACAAGAUGCUGUUUCCUAGAAUUAGUCAUUGACUGUGCUACUUAAUUCUACCAAAUCACUGACUGCAAUCUCUGUUAUGAACAAAAUAUGUAAUGAUUUUGACCUAUGUAAUGCCUUUUAUGCCAAAACUGAUUUCUGCUAAGAUAGGUUUUUGAAUUGUUCUUACAGUAGCUUAUGCAAACAAAUUUUGGACUGUGUAUUUUAAGUACUCACUCAUUCUGCUUAUUCUGUGUGGUUGGGUCACAUUGCAUUGUUUGUGCUUCCUAAUUGGAUGACUGAAACAUCAGCAGGAAGAAUCAAUGAAAAUCCACCCCCCUUCACUCAAAAAGUACCUUUGAAAGUGUUUGUACAAUAGCAAAGCAUUCCUAGAGGUCACUGUAAAUAAAAACAUGUGUACACGAUUGAUCUGGGAAAUAGAUGUUUAGAAGAUGGCAUGAGAUUUAGUGGAACGGCUUACAGUCCAUGUGGA